UGCAGGACUAGGAGCUAGUAAAAAAAAGAAAUAAGCAGACUUUUCAGCACCUCAUCUUCACGUCGAUGGUCAACUAAGGCCUACAUUUCGAAACUAAGAUUCAAGAGCUAGUCAAGAACAAGGCAUUGGGAUGGACUGGUUUCACUGUAACAGCUGCUUCCGAAGAGAGGGCCAGAACUUUGCUGUCUCCAGCUGUGGUCACAUCUGCUGUGAAGGGUGCAUCAACCCUAGUAAAAAACAAUGCACUGUGUGUGGAGCCAGCUGCAAUUACCUGGCCAUCUCAGAUCAGAUGAAGCCUCAGGAGCAGGUGUUCUUCAAAGACCCUGUGAAGCUCAUUCAGUCUCGUCUGGAGCACAUAGCACAGAUUACUCUAUUCCAGCGAAGGCAGAAGGAAAGGGUCAUUGUCUACUUUAAAAACAAAUCUAUGGAGCUGGAGAGGAGACUGAAGGAUGUCACAGAUCAGUGUUACAGGCAAGUUUUAGAGCUGAAAAGAGAGAAUGCUGAGUUGAAGAAACCUCUCUCUCAGAGGAGGGCAUCACCUGGACACUUUCAAACAAAUGGCAGUGCCCAAAGGAUGUCUCUCCCAGUGGCUGUUACCUCCCCAGUCACCCCUCGCUCACGUCCUGUUAGCCACCAAGGCUUUGCUGAAACCCAGGAGAGGUUCAGAGAUAGAAACCCUAGGCUCACCCUCGCAACUCCGCCUGGUUCUGCCACAUCAAUCUCCAGCCUGAGCUCUCUGCACGAGCGUGGUGGCUUCAGGACUCCCACCAUUAUUAGCACUCCCACCCGGUCUGAGAAUCUGACUCCUAACAUUUUCCAGUUCUUGACUGGGUCAUCACUGCACUCGCCAAGGACUUUCAGAAAUGGCCAGUAAACCGAAUCUGAGAUGAACAGCUGACCCAGAUCUCAGAAAGUGUGGGGAAGCAGUUAACACAAACAAGAAAACAAUGGGAUACACACGCAACGUUUUUGUUUUUACUAGUUUCCAGUGAUGCAGUUGUGCAAAUGUUAAAUUGAACAUAUAAUACAACAUUAAAGACAUGCUCCGGUACAUUGGCAACUAAAGUAUUUUUUUUAAACAAAUGUAAAACUCCCACUUUGGGCUGAUGUGUCAAAAGUGUAGUUCACACAUGCAUAAUCUAUGAGCAGAAUUACGGUCUUUAACUCAAUUAGCCACGAAAUCCCUAGUUUGAAAGAUGCUUUUCUUGAAGCUGUGCAGUGCCAUUUUCCCUACAUUUCACCCCACAUGGGCCAGCCCCUUAGCAAUUUGAGUUCUAGCCCUUGCAUUGAGUGGAAGCUAGCAAGAGGCCUGCCCAGCAUUAUCCAAUGAGGUUGCAAGGCGGGCCCAACGACUCAGUGGACAAAGCAGAGAGCGCAAUGAGGUGGUGCACAUAUCUGCACAUAUGUGAUGUAGUACGCAAUUUUCAGGGACCACUUUUGGCUUGUGAGUGCUACUUUCGCAACUCCUAGAUAAAAAGUAUACAAAAGUACCGGAGAAUCUCUUUAAUUUAUGAAAUGAGUGCCAUGUGUCCAGUUAAGUAGAAAAUUGAAAAACUGUUUACAACUGCAAUUAAAGGGAUCUGCAACUGAGAAUAGUGUUAAGACAAACAUUUCUCCUUCAGGCCUCUACAGUAUUCUUGUACUUCCUUUGUAAUGUUAUCAUAGCUAAUAGAAAAAAAAAUUACACUGUAGAAAAUGUUGCUUAAAUACUUUUACUGGUAUACCUGGAUUAAUUUAAUACGUGUUGUUUUCCUCUCGGAAGGCAUAGAAAAUGGCCUGCACGAAACACUACUUAUUGCUUUGGAUUAAAGUGGACUAAGAAUCUAUUACUUCUAUGCCUCAGUCCCUUCUCUGCUGAACUGAAUUUGGUUUGAUUACACAAUUCCAGUGACUUCUGUCACCCUAACCAUCCCCUCACACAAAUGCUCGCUAUAGGAAGAAUACGGUCCCCACCAAUCUGGGGCAUGGCCUAGGUGAAAUAAACGGAAAACUCAAAGAUAAAAUAAGCCUACAUUGCAGCCCUUCACAGCUAAACAGAAUAAAUUGAGAGAUGUGAGCAUUAUACAGGACCAAAGAGAGUACUUCAGUUUAUCCAAAAUAUGGUUUGAACUUGGUCUUCGUGGCCAUUGAACUUCACUUUAAAACAUUGCAGGUCAGUUCAAACUGCAUAACAUAAUUUUAAUAGGAAUUCAAUUUUUCUGAAAAGGAAUGCAUUUAAUGAACAUUAUCACAGCUAAAAUGUCAGUGCUCAAAAAUGCAAGUGCAACAUGUCUAUU